GCAACUUUGUUUUUCUUUCCCCUCUACAUUGAAUAUAUCUGCCACUUUGUUAGCAAAAGAGUGAAUAUAAAUAACAAUAAUGGGAGAACAAGAAGAAGAAGAAAAGAAGGUGAUGAUAAUGAUGAUCGGAGUGAUAGGGGCGGGGCAGAUGGGGUCCGGGAUAGCCCAACUGGGCGCUGUUUCCGGUUCCGAUGUUUAUCUUGUCGAUAAGGAUCCCGGAGCUCUACAAACUGCCAAGACUUCCAUUUCUGACUCCAUUCAACGUUUUGUCACCAAAGGUCAACUCUCCAAGGACGUAGGGAUUAAUGCUCUUGCUCGUCUAAAGUAUACUUCGAAUCUUGAAGAUCUUCGAGCUGCAGAUAUAGUAAUUGAAGCAAUUGUAGAAUCUGAGGAUGUGAAGAAGAAAUUGUUUGCAGAAUUAGAUAAGAUUGUUAAAGGGUCGGCCAUUUUGGCAUCAAAUACGAGUUCUAUCUCAAUUACUCGUAUAGCAUCUGCAACGAAUAGACCACACCAGGUAAUCGGCAUGCACUUCAUGAACCCCCCUCCAAUCAUGAAACUUGUUGAGAUCAUCCGAGGUGCAAAUACAUCAGAUGAAACAUUCAAUGCAACAAAACGUUUAGCAGAGAGGUUUGGUAAGACUGUUGUUUGCUCACAAGAUUAUUCGGGGUUCAUUGUGAACCGGAUACUAAUGCCAAUGAUUAAUGAAGCCUUUCAUGCACUUUACACUGGGGUAGCAACCAAGGAAGAUAUUGAUGUAGGGAUGAAGCUAGGAACUAACCAACCAAUGGGUCCUUUACAACUUGCAGACUUUAUUGGGCUCGAUAUAUGUUUAUCAAUACUAAAAGUCCUACAAGCUGGGCUAGGAGACAUCAAGUAUGCACCCUGCCCUCUCCUUGUGCAGUAUGUUGAUGCUGGUCGCCUUGGUAAAAAGCGAGGUAUCGGUGUUUACAGCUAUCAUAAAUCACCAAAACAGUCCUCUCGACUUUAAGCUUCUUAGGGGAAUAACAGUUAUAAAAUAAUGUACCUGGUAUAAGUUCUAUGAUUGUAAUAUUAUUAUACUAUUAACGAUAAGGUUCCUUAAUCUCGGUGUUAGCAUGAAAGCCUAUAAGAAAUUAACAAGCCUUAUGAUU